AUAUAAAAUGUGAAGCUUUGACUCUGGGGGAAGAAAAGAGACAGCAACGCCAGAUGUCCGUUUUUCACAAAGCCUGGGGGAAACGCAGGACUUUUCCAGCGCCAUCAGCCCGAGCUAAAGACAGUUUGGCACGCGACACACAGCGCCAGAACACCACCAGCAGCCGUAGAGGAACGUGGAUCAGGAUCUCUACGGUGUGAGUUCCGACGUUAACGAAUAUGAUUGGCGCCAAAAACUGAUUUGCUGCCUAAAAGUGAAACCAUGUUGAGCCGAGUUCGGUAAAGUGACAUCAAAAGACUCGAUCUGGUUGAGAUUGGAAAGCUGAAAAGCUAGUGAUAUUAAGUGAUACGUUUAAGUCUAAGAUUUGAGGUGUGUUGUGCAAAAAAUGGCUCUUCCGGGGACGACUAUAAUGGUUAGGAACAUGUCCUCAAUUAACCCGAUGAAGCGGAUGAAGCUCAAGGAGAACCAAGUGUUAUUCCCCAUCGGAUCGAGUGACGAGGACUUCGAUGAAAAUAGUUCUGCAAUUGUGAUCAAACGGAAGAUUCCUCUGGGAACGCUCGGCAGUAUCGAGAAUGUCAUGUUUAACACCGUCAAUGGCAGUGGUGAGCUGCGGAAGCCUUUGGGACAGCUUCAAGCUGGCGUCCAACCUUCCGGACCAGGAAGACGAAAGAGUUCUGAUCCAAAAAGUGCAGUCACCGCAGUUGAGCGGCGGAACGCACGAGAACGCAAUCGGGUUCAGCAGGUCAACAACGGGUUUGCCGCUUUGCGGCAGCGAAUUCCGGAGGAAAUCGCCGAAGCAUUCGAGACAGGAGCAACCCGGGGAGUUCACAAGAAGCUAAGCAAGGUGGAAACUCUCCGCAUGGCGGUUGAGUACAUUAAAUGCCUCGAGCGGCUGCUAUCUCUCGAUCCAGAAAAGGAGGGUAGCAAUUUCAAGCUCCAACCACAACAACAACAAUCACAGCAGCAGCAACAACAACAAGAAACUCAACUCCCUGCAACUCCACCACCGGAACCAGCUCAGCCCAACAGUUUCUUCCUAGCAAUCAAACCACGCGUUAUUGGAAACUCCAAUGGAGGCUCCCUCGAUCAAACACAAAUAACCAUCAUAAACGGUCAUCAGUAUAUUCGAAUUCCGGGUACCAACACCUUCCAGUAUCUGGAUCCGGAAAGUUUGUACGACGAAUCACAGAACGAUGGAUCAUUUUUCGCCGACAGCAGCUCAGCAAUCGAUCAGGACACCCUCCUGGAGGAUUCGUCUGAUCUGAUGAGUGAAUCGGCUGUGGCCCUUUCUCCCCAAAGUAACUUCACGCUGGAUUCGGAGGAUAAGCGGGAUGAAAUUAUUCAUUCCAGCUCCCAUGGAAGUUUGGUCUCGGAAGAGGAACAGAAGAUAGUUGCGAUGAUCAAUCAGCAGCAGUACGCGGACAUUAUGAUGAUCAAGCACGAGCUGCAGGAUGAUGACGAGGACGCGUUGCUCCAACAAACCGCUAACGAUCCGACCUUCCUGGAGUCGAUCAAUUGGUUCGAGAGCCACCACUAGGAGUUACUCUGGAGUCCAGUCCAGUCCAACCGAAAAAAAUGCAAGCUAGUUACGUUAGUGAAGAUUAAGCAUCUGUACAUAAAAUUAUUUAUUGGAAAGUCGAUUUUUAUUAUUCUAAUUAUACGAAAAUUUAAUUUAUUAUCUCCCAUUCGGACCGCUUUUAUACACGCACCCAUCAAAUUCGAAUAAUAAAGAAAACGACCCGCGAUAGGUGGUAGAAUUAAAUCGCUUCUGUGUUUUUUUCUUUCUUUCU